AUGGCAAUGCUAGAUUAUCUUUCUGCUGAACUCACUGCCACUUGUGCUGCAAUUGGAUAUUAUGAUGAAACUACUUACCAUUUAGACAAGAAUUGCUUAGAAGUUAUAAAGGAUCUUAUCAGAUAUCUUAAAAGAGAUGACGAUACACAUAUUAUAAGACGCUUUCUUGGACAAACGAGAUUACUUCAGACAGAUCUUGUAAAGAUUCUUAUACAUCAUGUUAAAAAUAUUGAACUUUGGGAUGUCUUGUUGCGAUUACUUAUUAAUUUGACAAGCUCUGCGUUUGUAAUUUAUAAUGAACAGAUACCUGCUGAAAAAACAAUGCGUAGUUUUUAUCUACAAAUUGUUACAUAUUUACAAGAAUAUAAAGCAGCGUUAACUGAUGAAAAUGUGUGGUUGGCAGUAGCUGGUCGUUUGGGGACUCUAUUUAACAUUGAUAAUAAAGAAAGAGAAGAAGAAAACGAAUUAACGAUUGAAAGAAUUCUUGCUUUUAUUAGAAAUGUAUUGCAAGUGCCACCUAAUGACAAUGAUAAAAGAGCUGAUAAUGAUGCCACUGUUCAUGAUGAGCUAUUAUUUGCAUUUCAUGCAUCUGGCAUAGUGGAUAUUAUAUUAUUUAUUGUCAGUAACAAGAAUGAACAACAGUACCACAUGCAAAUUUUAGAGAUUAUAUCUUUAAUGUUACGUGAGCAAAAUGCAAGUUUGUUGGCUGCAUCUGGGUUGCAACGUAGUACCGCUGAAAGAGAAAAUGACGAGGCUAGUCUCGUAGCCUUGCGACAAAAAGAGCUACGUGAAAAAAUUUACAAAGUAAAAAAGUAUGCUGGGUCAAGACACUCACGAUUCGGCGGUACUUACGUAGUGCAAAAUAUGAAAGCUAUCGGAGAAAAUCAAAUGAUAUGCCAUAAACCAUAUCAAAAAAUCGAAGCAGUGGAAUUUGGUCACGAUAAGAAAAGAGUGAAGCGACGCAGAGAUAAAAUGAGCUUGCAAGACGCCAAGGAAGAGCGCACGUCUGCCCUCAGCGUACGGCUCUUUCUAAAAGAAUUUUGUGUAGAAUUUCUAAGCGGGGCUUACAACCCCGUGAUGAAAUUCACUCGAUCUUGCUUCAUCAAUGACCCUCAUGGCCAAGCCGUGGAAGCAGCUGUCUAUCUGUGGGCCUUACGUUUCUUCAUGGAGUUCAAUCGACAUUACAAGUUUCAAGUGAAAUAUGUAAGCGAAACUAUAUCUACAGAAGUGUUUUAUUUAGUGCAAAGACAAAUGGACCAAUAUUAUGAGAUGAUAAUAGUCGAUAAAAAAAAGAUACCACUUUGGUCUCGUAGAUUACAUUUGGCAUUAAAGGCAUAUCAGGAACUUCUUAACACUCUUAUGGCAAUGGAUAAGAAUAGUGAUGAUGGUGUUAGAGAAUCUAGCAAGAUAAUUAAAAGUAAUAUCUUUUAUGUCCCGGAAUAUCGGGAAACGAUACUCUCUCAGCUUUUGUGCUUCGAUGAAGUUAAAAUGUCACGGCAGUACUUAGUGGAUCUUAUCACAACUAUUCAUACAUUUCUGAAAAUACUUGAACACUACUGUCAGAAAGGCCAGCAACAUCUCGUAGUUCAAAAAAUAAAGUUAAAGAGAAAAAGAACUAAAAAGGGAAAAAAGUCUACUCAGGAAAAUGUAACAGCUCCUACUUUGGAAGAACGUUGGGAUAUUAUUGGUCCCGAAUUAUCUGCUGUUAUGCGCGAUGCCGUUAUACCUGUAGUGGUGCCGUUUGAUGCAACCUUAGACACACCUAUCGACGAUCAAAAAGCAGAUGCUAUGAAGAGAAUCCAGAAAUUAAUGCGACAAAGAAACUUGGAACAGGCAGUCGGUCUUCUACGUGCAGCAAGAGAAAUCUGGCCUGAGAAUGACUGUUUCGGAAAAGUGGACAUACUUCCCGAGGAAGAAUUUCUAGCUCUUCACGAAAUCUUCUUUACAGAUCUGGGUGUGAUAGAAGAGCAAAUUCAAGAAACGAUAAAUGCGGAUGAAGACAUUGAAAAUUCUGAAAACCAUCAAGAAAAUGAGGAAGAAGAGAAUGAAGAUGAAGAAGAAGAAGAAAGAGAAACUGUUAUCCAAGAAAUUAACUUUAAAUUGGAUGAAUUUCUUCAAAGGUUCGCCAAUGUGAAGGUCGUCAAGGCUUUAACACUACUAAUGCAACAAUUCGAAAACAACACAAUCGAACUUAAUCACUACGUUACAAAAAUGCUACAUCGAAUUGCUUGGAAUUGUAAAAUGCCGGGUAUGAUAUUUCAAGCAUCCAUAUUUCGGAUUUUUCAAAGAAUCCUCGAGUCAAAGGAUCCUGCACAUAAGGAGCUCCAAAAGUUCGCGGUCUUCAUAAUCCGCCGUUUCAUCGAAGUCGCCCAGAAGAACCGGAAGUCGUACAUGGAGUUACUCUUCUGGAAGACUACCCGCGACGCGACAGAAAUCGUGGAUGGUUACAACGCGGAAACGACUAACAAGAAAGUUUCACGAGCGACCUGGACGGAAGCGGAAGAGGACGAGCUACGUACCCUCUUCAUGGAGCAUCAGACUAACAAAUAUCCUCAAGAUUUAAUCGAUUGGCUAUUGGAUCAUGUCAUCAAUGAAAAUAGAACACGACGUACCAUCAUUAAGAAACUCAAGGAGAUGUGCUUGAUCGUUAAUUCUAAGGGCGUGCGAGCUGAGGUGCAAAAGAGAUUACCUAAAGAGUGGUCUGAAGAAGAAAUCGCCCAGCUUACAGAACUUUGGACACAGUUCAAAGACGAUGAUGAUCCCGUGGAUUUGAUUUUCACCGAUCUUAGAAUAAAGCGACCAAAGCCGAAGAUCAAGGAAAAGCUUCUGGAAUUAGGAUUGGUGCAGGAUCGCAAGGAGUUGCGCAAAAAGCGAUCCAGGAAAAGCAACCAGGGUAAAUCGUCGUGGGAAACGCAAGCUGCCAGUAAUUCUGAUGGGAACGAAAGUUCAGCCACCGACGACGAAGACGACGAAGAAACUCGAAAAUCCUCGAAGCGCAGCGCGCCUCGACGAGGCGAGGAGCCGAUGAAAAAGAAGCAACGGAACAGGCGGAAGUUACCGACGAUCGUUUACACGGAUGCACAAUUAUCCGGUCUCUUGAAGGACGUCAUCGACAGGAACAUGGAAGAGGCAUUGGAAUGGAUCAAGGAAUCUCUGCAAGACGUUCUGGACGAUCGUGACGAAGAGAGCUUCGAGGGCAUACCCUUAGUACCACUGACAGAUUACUCGAUGGCCGCGAUGGAUUCACCGAGUUUUCAAAAGCUCCUUCGCGCCAUGGGAUUUGUGCCGCCGGCUGAUGGCCAGGAAUCUUACUGGCGUAUCCCAGCGAAUAUACUUACAACCACACUUAAAAAACGCUACAAACUCAUCGAAGACGCUUUAGUCGGCGAAUUCAUUGUUGAGGAAACGCGUAAAGAUCAUUCCAAUAUUGAUGAAAAGAUGGAUGAUGACAGUGAAGAAGAUAUCGAUGUGUUCGAGCAUGUUAAAAAGUUCUUUGCGCCCAGAGAACCAAAACCGUCAACUUCCGAACAGUCGAAAGUAUCCACUAAAAUUCAAUUAUCACAGAAAUCUAAAACAUUAACAUUAAACGAAGAAAGUGAUGAAACAGAAGUUACAGAAAAAAACGAAGAAGCAGAAAUUAUAGAAAAACAUGACGAAGCGAAAAUUACAAUAAAAACAAAUAAAGAAAGUAUAAGCAACGUGAAAAGUCGAAUAAGGAUGCUCGAUGAUUCUUCUGAAUCGGAAAUGGAAAUUGAAAGAGAUGUCGAUGAUAAAAACGAUGACAUAAAGAGAGACAGAUCCAAUUCUUCAUCUGAUAAGGAUAAACCGGCUACAAAGAAACGUCGACUAGUCGAUAGUGACGAGGAGGAAGAACCACUAAAGAGUAAUUAUACCGAGACAAAUGGCGCUCGCGUAAUAAUUAGCGAUGAUGAAGAAUCAUUAUCCAAUGUGCGAUUUGAGCGGCCUGCAUUAUCUCGCAUAACAAUCAGCGACGAAGAAGAUUAG